GUGAGGGUGUUCCGCUCUAUCUACCGUCACGUUUAUACUUUUUACAUCUACCUCAAUUAUAUAGUCAGAUAUAGGCAUAGAUAUAACAUCUACCUUUAUAAUCUUUCUCUUUAUACAUUUCGUUUUCGUCAAGAUUCACUGAAGACAGGGUGAUAGAUACAACAUUUAUGGAUUUUAAGAAAUAAACUUGAAGCCUCGAGGAAAAAAUAACAUAUUUUGGUAGUAUUUUAAUGGUGUAUAUCUGCUUUUAAUUUAAACUAUCUGGAGUGGAACAGGACAGUAUUUAUUGAGGAUAAAGACUUAUUGUUACAAUAUAUUCUCUAUAAACGGAUCAAAGAUGCACGAGAAAGCUUGGAUAGGCAUGUGCUUCUUCAUUUCCCUUAUUGGUGCUCUGCUUCAAAUAGCAGCUUAUGUCACUCCUAUGUGGUUAUGGAUAGUGAAGGGGGACUUCUAUCUUGGUAUCGGUUUAUGGUUUGUAGUUGGAUGUGGUGACAACUGUACAGCAGCUCAAGACAGUGAUCCCGUUUUCAGUACCGAAAGCAAUUCAUACUACAGUAAUGCAGUGUUCAACGUCUUGCGUGGGUUUGAGACAGCGUGUUUGAUUGGUGCAAUUUUAUUAUGUAUAUUCCUCUUAAUACUUUUCAUUGGUUGGAGUACAUGGAACAAUAUGGCGCAAUUACGAACUUCAGCCAUCAUAAUGUCUUUUAUAACAUGGCUAUGUUUACUUUUUGGGCUAGGAAUAUAUAUCGGAGGAUAUCAUGAUAUAAUAUACUACAGCCCACGAUUAUUUGAUUCAGAAAGUUUUCCCUGGUCAGCUAUUCUCUCAAUCCUAGCUUUGAUUUGUAUAUUACUGGUAACUAUAUUCUUGCUCUGCUGCACCACAUCUCCAAAACCCUUGAUUGGUAUUCCGAUUUCCGGCGAUUCAAAGAUGGCUCUGACACCCACUAUGACGGACUUCCAGAACGGAAAGAAGUACUACGUUCCGUCACCGUAUACCGACGACCGCCGCAUAGCAGGUUUAAAUGAUGAAAAACCAGCAAUACACAACGGGAUAGGUUACAAUAAUAAAGCCUAUAUCACUGAUUAUGAAGAUCGCAAUUACAAUCCUACUAGUUACAGACCACGUUCUUACGCUGAACCAUCGAGAAUACAGGAUGACAUCUCCUACAGAUCAGCUCCUCAACCUAACUUUCAGAGUCUAGAUAGAUAUCGUGAACCAAAAUAUCUUGAAAGUAAUGAACCUGUUUAUUCCCACUAUAUAGAGAGAGCUCGUCCACCAGCAGGAGGUCUUUCCGUGCUUCCACCGAUCACCAGUAACCCCGACCGCAGUAAAUAUACUGAUCAAGUUCGACUCGGUGCCUCUACAGCCUUUAUGUAUAGACCAUACGCCCCUGAACGAUAUUAAUAUUGUUACUAACCGUUUGAUUAAAAUCAUAUAAUCAAAAUAUUUUAAGAAAAAAAUAAUUUUAUAACUUAAAAUUUUUCAUUUGGAAGAAAUGGAUUGGGAGAAAAACCGAUAUUAAUGAUUUGCAUGUUAAAGGUGUGUUAUAAUCCGUUGGUUAAGGCCGGGACACCUUUUAUGUUGUUGGUGCAAUGAAAAUCUUCAUCCAUGUUUGUCAAGGAUUCUGGAAUGUUAAACUUACAAUUUGUACUAGUAGGUUAACUAAUUCAUCGGCCUGUUACUUGCUGGUUACUGUAUAUUCAUUGCUUCACUGCAGGCAGCUUCAUUCUCAAAAGAAGUGAACUAAAAAUACCUUUAAACAUCACGGAGGGGAAGCUCAUUUUCAAAGAUGGUUUGCUUUCAGUGUAGUUUAAGAAAUAUUUUUUUUUAAAUAUUUCCACUUGAACGUCUACAUUCAACAGAAUAUGAAAAUCUAUUUGACUAUCUACAGACUUCAACAUAAUUUUAAUACAUUUUCAAUUUUUUUUUUAUCUAACAUCACUAAUAUUAUACUAUAUCUAAAUGUAUUGUAAAUAUUUAAAUGUAUGUCAUUACUAAUGUGGUCUUUUUAAAAUAAAUAUUAAUUUUUGAAUUAAAUUAAAUGUAUUGUUUGUUUUUUGCAUUAAAGAUUAGAAUUAAAACUAC